AUGGAUUUUUGGUUGGAACUGUUAUCUGGAAGGUGGAGCACAGGAGUGAAAGCAAAGAUCAAUCAGAGGCCUCUGGAGCAGAGACGUCCUGUCCUGUUCUCACCCUGUUCUCACCCUGUUCUCACCACGGUCCUCACCACGGUCCUCCCACAGAUGCCACAGAUGAUAAAAGUCUUCUUCACCGCGUUUCAGAGCCGCGCGUACAGCCGCAGAGGAGGCGUCGCUGCUGAGAGCCGCGGUGCAGAGGACGGCGUGGGCGGCCACAGCCGGAGUGAACACAUCUGUUGUCCGCUUUCUGCCUCUGCCUCACCUCGGUCAGCACCACUGGAGCUGGACAGCGACUGUGGUCAGCUCCAGGGCCCGGAGCGGGAGCCCGCAGGCGGCAUGCAGCCUCACCCUCUGCGGCACACCGGCUCGGGAGGCCUGGGCUUGGCCCUGGAGGAGGAACUGUCUGUACUCACGGGACAGCGGCACCAGGAUGAAGAGCUGUCUGACCCACAAGCACUUGGACUGGGCCAUAGUGCAGAGCUACUCACGCUCUUCCGACAGAAGGAAAAGGACCUAGUUUUAGCUGCUAAACUUGGGAAAGCUUUACUCGAGAGAAACCAGGAUUUGACCAAGCAAUAUGAGCGCAUGCAGAAAGACCUCAGCGACAAACUGGAGCACUUGGAGCAGGAGAAGCACGAGCUGCGGCGGCGUAUGGAGAGCCGCGAGGGGGAGUGGGAGGAGCGCGUGGCCGAGCUGGAGUCAGACGUCCUGCACCUUCAGGACGAGCUGCAGAGACACCAGGUCCAACUCCGAGACACCGACCGCGACAAGAGCCGAGCCAUCCGGGAACUGUCGGAGCAGAACCACCGGCUGCUGGAGCAACUCAGUAGGGCUGCGGAGGUGGAGCAGCAGCUGUCCACUCAGGUCACUUCACUACGGGAGGAUUUCAGGGAGAAGAGCAUGUCCACCAACCAGCACAUGACGAGACUCGAGACACUGCAGGCCGAGAUUAAGAUGCUGUCGGAGAGAAAGAUGGAGCUGGAGAGACGGGUGAACGCAGUGUGCGAGGAGAACGAGCUCCUGCAGAACACCGUGGACGAGCUGCGAGAGAGGACGCUGCUGCUGGAGAGACAGUGCCACGACAAGGACCUGCAGUCCCGUCAGAGUCAGCUGGAGCUGGCGGAGGUGCAGAGGAGCCACAGGCAGCUGAGCGCUCGGCUGGAGGAGGUGUCGGACGAGCACAGCCUGACCUCCCUCACGCCUCACCCCUCCAGCCUCCUGUGUGAGAUCGAACAGAGCAUGGAGCAGGAGGAGCUGGAGCAGGAGAGGGAGCAGCUGCGUCUGCAGCUGUGGGAAGCCUACUGUGAGGUGCGCUCUCUCUGCUCUCAUCUGCGGGGGAACGAUGUCACCGACUCGGCCCUGUCCACAGACUCCUCCAUGGACGAGUCCUCAGAGACGUCCUCUGCCAAAGACGUGCCCACAGGCAGCCUGCAGGCCACUCUGCUGGAGCUCAAGAGACUCACACAAAACCUGCUGGACGGCAACGAGUCCACGGGCUCUCGCCGCAGUGAGGAGGAGCUGGAGGAGCAGCUGAGGAGGCUGGGGGAGGAGCUGCGGGACGUCAGGGAGCUGCACGAGUGUGAGCAGGAGAAGAGCCACAGCAGCGACGCCGAGCUCCUUCAGCUGCACAACCAGAUGGCGCUAUUGUCGGUGGAGAUGUGCUCUUUGAGGGAGGAGAACGACAGAGUGAGAGCGAUGGCGGAGGUCCGAGAGCCGAGUGAGCAGCUGCAGACCGCCAUCCGGGACCGUGACGACGCCAUCUCCAAGAAAAAAGCGGUGGAGAUGGAGUUGGCCAAAUGUAAGAUCGACAUCAUGUCUCUGAACAGCCAGCUCCUCGACGCCAUUCAACAGAAGCUCAACCUGUCGCAGCAGCUAGAGGCGUGGCAGGACGACAUGCACAGGGUGAUAGACCAGCAGCUCAUGGACAAACAGCAGGACGAGUGGAGGCCCUCGCACUCCGGACAGAGCUCCAGGCGUCGGCGCAUCCACCAACGGGACAAGACGCUUUUCUCUUUCUUCAAAAAGACCUGA